UUGAUGAAAUUGUUGAUUUUUUUUUUCGAUCGUCGUAGUAAUUGUACACGUUGUACUAAGAAAAAAAUGAAUGAUUAACUGUCCUAAUAAGUACUGUAUAUUUUGAACAUGUACUUCGAGAAAAAAUGUCCAAAAAUGUGACACAAUGUUGUAACAUCACUGUGAGCUGAAUAUCCGACAAUUCAGUGUCCUGCCCACAAUAAGUCUUUCUUUUGUCAAGUUUCCCAAUUUGUUUAUUAGCUUCGCAUCAGCUUGCAUUCUCCGUUUCACAUGCAGUGUCCACAACAAAUAGCAGACUUCUCGAUUCAUGGGUUGAGUAAUAGAAAAAAAAAAUUGGAAGAGUAACAAAUCAGUGGUGCAUUUUUUUUGCAUUCGUGUCGUUAAUUCCAGAAAUAAUUUAGGGAAAAAAAAAUUAAUAAAAAUCAUGCAUAAUUGUUGUCCAAAAUUGCACUUCAAUAGCGCCAUAUUUCCGUGGGACACGAGCGCCGCUAUCGGUAGUGCGAAUCGCUAAUAGCUGAGAGCUGAAUGAAAGGCGAUCCAGAACAGCGUGAAGUAGUCGAUAGUCGAAUAUGAUGCGAUAUAUUUAAACUGAGUAUAGCGUAAAUAUCAAUUAAAAAGGAAAAUAUUCAAUAGAUUUUGAUUAAAUUUGCUUUAGAACACUCUCUGCCACUCACAGAAGGACAAGCACAAAAUUGGUUAAGACAACUAUCACCGUUUUCGAGAAAACUGGCGACAAAGGAAUAUCCCCCCACGCACUGAUCGCAGUGAAACGCAUAACUCCCGUCUUUUGGCCCUGCGGGCAGUCGGGAGUUAAAAAUGUAUGACUGUUAUUCACUUUUAUAAUCCCAUCAAGAAUAUAAACCCCAAACACAAGCUCGCAGCUUAAGUAUCACUUUUAGCUUAUGACGAUUUGCAGAGGUUGUCGGUCUCACGGUUACAGUCUAUGACCGACAACGAAGUGGUCGAGAGUUCAUAUAUCCGGUCGGGUUAAUUUUUUUUUUAAAUAUUUUGUACAACGAUUAUACAAUUGCUUAGAGUUUUCGAGAUUUAUUAUUUAUGAAGUAACAACUUUUUUUUGCGGAUUUUCUAUGUAAUAGUGCCCGAAAUAUUGAGAAAAUGUGCACAGAGAGAGAGAGAGAGAGAGAGAGAGCGAGAGAGAGAGAGAGUUUGACUUAGUUGCGAUAACAGGAUAGUGUAUCUUUUUCACAUUUAUUCUGUGGUAAAUAGUAUGGUCUCUCUUACGUUGAACCGAAUAACAAAAAAAAAAAUUAAUUGUCAUCACCGGGAUUUGAACCCGUGAACCUGAGAGCAAGAAAAUGUACAAUGUAUUGCUUCUCCCAUUCCGAACGAGAUCGAUCUGUGGCACCCCUGCCACCGUCGAGGGAACAACCACGCCGCGGUGCGGCGUAAAAAGCGAGACGAGCAAGAACAAGUCUUGCCGCCCAAAAAGAACAUUCUAGCGCGCUCAAGUUCCCCCACACGUGUGGCUAAAAAGUGUCGCAUGUGUACAGUGACUUUUAUAUAGUAAAAAUAAAGAUUAACAAUUAUUCUUCUUUAAUAUAAACAAAAUCUGUGGAUAGUUAUUUCGGAUACCAUCCUUCCUUCCCGCAAUAACCUCCAUAAUUGGUGACCCCGAGACACUUGAACAUUUAACCUCAAAAAAUCGGUGCGUGCUACAAACGAUGCUACCGAACGACGACGUCGGUGCCGGUCCAGCGAAUGGUGCAGGACCCGCUUCAUCAAAUAACCCUACUAACAACGACGGACAAGCCAACCAAGUCAUCGCGGUGGAAAAUUGCAAAGUUCCGCAGUUUUGGAAAAAUUCGCCUGACCUGUGGUUCCUUCAACUCGAAUCAGUUUUCGAAGCAUCUCGAAUUACCUCGGACAAAUCAAAAUAUCACUUGGUGAUUAGCAACCUCGAUUCAACGGCUAUUCAUGAAGUCGCCGAUGUGCUGCGAAACCCACCGGAUCGAGAUAAGUACACUCAUCUUAAAAACAUUUUAAUGCAGAGAUUUUCUGAUUCCGCUGAUCGCCAACUACACAGAGUACUUACAGAGCUUGAGCUUGGUGAUAAGAAGCCUUCUCAGCUACUGCGACAAAUGAAAAACCUCGCUGGCACCAGAGCCUCCGAGGAUGUCUUACGUGUGAAAUGGCUAGAUCUCCUGCCAGACUAUGCGCAACGCUUUCUAAAAAUUUUUAAGGCCCCAACGCUAGACGAAUUGGCCAUAGCUGCUGACGAGCUCCUGGAAAAUUACAGUGCCUCACAAGUCAUGGCAACCGAGGCCCAUCAAAAAUCAAAUCAAGUGAUACCAGCGCAGCGCUCACCGCAGCCCAGCUCCGCUGCUGAUCCUUUGCUUGCCGAACUCUCUUCGAUACAAAAAUCCCUCGCAGAGCUACUCUCUGUGAAUAACAGCAUCGCAAGAAAACUAGCUGCUAAUCAAGGUGACAGAUCUCGCUCCAAGUCACGCUCCCGUACUUCAUCGCCAGGAAAAAACGGCUUGUGCUUUUAUCACCAACGAUUUGGUUCAAAGGCUUACCGCUGCACUCCACCAUGCAACUCUAAGGAUCCUGUUGUUCCUAGACCGCAGUCGGAAAACUAA